ACACACACACACACACACACACACACACACACACACACACACACACACACACGUACUUUUGGAUUUCCCCGCAUCAGUCGGAUUCAUGUAUCGUUUAAUAAUGGGAUACAUGACAACACAUAAUCCGUGUACGGUGCUUUGCUGACUACUUAAGCAGUUCAGCAGGUCAAACCAAUCACAGCGGUGCAUCUGCCUUAUUCUCAAACAUGUCGGAAUCGAAUGAAAGCUCUUUGAACAUAAAUUUCUUGAAAGAAUCUGUAUUAAAAAGGCUCUGUGAGUCUCUUGAUAAAGCCAACAAUAAAGGAUGGCGAAAACUGGGGGAGAUUGUGAAAAAUGACAAGCGGUUUAAAGUGAGUCUCGAAGACAUGGACAUGUGUUCUCUGAAGGCUUUGAAGGCAGAUGGUAGUCCUUCCCGAACUCUUCUCAAACUCAUCGGAGAUCAGGGCUGUAUCCAGGAAGAACUGAUGGAGUUUCUACAGAUCAUGGGUCACACAGAGGCCCUGCAGUGUCUUAAACCUCCAGGAAUUCAAAUCCUGCUUCAGCCACAGUCAGUAUCUGUCAUUGCCGGACACAACCUUCGCCUUAGCUGUUAUGCUGUCGGUGCUUCACCUGUGCAGUUCCAGUGGUUUAAGAAAACUGAGGAGGUACGCAGCAGCUCUUCCCCAGACCUUGUGUUCAGCCCAGUCCAGAUCAGAGAUGCAGGGUUUUACAUCUGUAGGGUAAACUGUGGAAGCACAUAUGAGUUCAGUCAGUGGGCACAAGUAGAUGUCCUUGACGUCCCAACAAGAUAUGGUCUAGUGUCUAUGGGAUCGGAGGUCAGGCUGAGGGUGUUGAUCCAGCCUCAACCUCAAAAGCUGCUGACUGGAGAUUUACUGUAUCUGGAGUGUGGAGCUGCUGGCAGACUGCUGCCGCAAUAUCAGUGGUACAGAAAUGGAGCGCCAAUCAAAAAAGCCAACAAGAGGAAGUUCACUGUCAAGAAUGUGUUGCCAGAGCAUCAGGGACGAUAUCGCUGCGAGAUCUGCUGCAAUAAUGAACGAACAUGGAGCAGUGAAGUUGACGUUGUUAUUGCAAAUCCUUGCCUUUCUCAAAUGAAAGAGGCACGAAUAUUUCCUCAAAUAUCUGGAGCUAUGGAGUGCUCUGAAGAUGAUUUUUUGUCCAUCAACAAGGAUAACAGUUUUGAGAAACCUUAUGCUACAGACAAAGUGGCUCUUCUGAUUGGAAACCUCGCAUACCGAAACCACCCACAACUGAAAGCGCCCAUGGUGGACGUGUACGAUCUCACCAAUCUGCUGCGGCAGCUGAACUUUAAAGUGGUCUCUCUGCUGGAUCUGACAGAGUCCGAGAUGAGGAACGCUGUGGAGGAGUUUCUUUCCCUGCUUCAUAAAGGAGUUUACGGUUUGUUGUAUUACGCUGGACAUGGUUAUGAGAACUUUGGGAACAGCUUCAUGGUGCCAGUCGAUGCCCCGAAUCCCUACCGUUCAGGCAACUGUCUGUGUGUUCAGAGCAUUCUGAAACUCAUGCAGGAGAAGGAAACCGGUCUCAAUGUCUUCCUGCUGGACAUGUGCAGGAAAAGGAACAUGCACGAUGACGCCAUGCCAAACGUCAUGCUCAAAGUUACAGCCAAUAUUGUGUUUGGAUAUGCUACCUGCCAAGACGCAGAGGCCUUUGAAUUGAGCUCAAGUGGAUUCACCAAUGGAGUCUUCAUUAAGUUCCUGAAGGAGCGCCUCCUGGAGGAUGAGAAGAUAACUGUUCUGCUAGACAGAGUCGCUGAAGAUAUGGGUCAGUUUGACCCCACUAAGGGUAAGCAGGCUCUGGAGAUCCGCAGCAGUCUGUCCGAGAGACGAUCCCUCACCGAUCCCAUCUGCCACGGGGGAUAUUCGGAUGCAACCGAGGCACACAAUCCACUCUGGUCCAAAGCACACGAACUACCAGAGAGUAAAGUUCUGGACUUUGAGUGCGGAGUUCGGAUAAAAAUGGAUUUCGCUGCUGAGUUUUCCAACGUUCUGGUCAUCUACACCAGCAUUGUGAAGAAGCCGGAGGAGAUGCAGUCGUGUCAGGCACACAUAACUGACCUUCCUUUGGACCUCGAUGUGGACCCUAAGCUGAUGAAUAAGGAAACUCUGGAGGAAACGGGAAGCUUCCUACUGUCAGGAAGUCUCCCUCAGCACUGCCUCUACACCAGACUGAGCUCCCUGCAGAAACUCAAGGAGGAACUAGCUUUCACCGUAUGCCUACAAGUCCAGUUCAGCUCCCUGGACGACCUGGUCCAGUGGAACAUGCAUGUAAACAUCGGCAAACCCCUCACCGCCAAACUGGACCUGUACCGUCCCACCAGAAAGAACAGCUGUCAGGUGACGUGCCACAUGCCGCACAGCCCAUCCACCAGCCCGAGCCACAGUCCCGGGUCUGACCGCCGCUUCCACAGCCAAGAGCCCUGCUGCCCCCAGCCCUACGCAAACCCCUACCUCAACGUCUGCGAGCAUCUGCAUGGAGCUCAAGCAGGAUACAGAGAUUUUCAGCUGAACACAGAUCAUGCUUAUCAAUACAUGCCAUUAUCACCGCUAACGAACCCACCCAGCAUUCCCAUCGAGACCACCGAUGACAUUGAUGACAUGCAGAACGACUUCAUCAAUAGUUUGCAUCUUUAUAAGCAUCCGUGAGUGUGAGUAUUGACCCCUUUCACAAGACUGUUAUCACUCGUUUAACGGCCAUCAUAAUCUUAAAUCCCUAAUAUUCAUAUCCCUACAUUUUUUUCCGCCUCACCACUAGAAGGUCGCUGGUUAGAGUCCCAGCUGGGUCAGUUGGCGCUUCUGCGUGGAGUUUGCAUGUUCUCUCCGUGUUG